AUGACGCCAACACGUGUAAUAUUAAUGUCAUGUGGAAGUUACAAUCCACCAACGAAUAUGCACUUGAGAAUGUUCGAAAUCGCACGUGAUCAUUUGCAUCGGAUGGGCACUCACAUGGUUGUGGGUGGUGUCAUGUCACCAGUUCACGAUAGUUACGCUAAAAAAGACCUAGUUGUUGCUGAACAUCGUUGUGCAAUGCUAAAACUAGCGUUGCAAAACAAUGAGUGGAUACGUGUUAGUACCUGGGAAACGCGACAAAACUGUUGGACCAGAACCAGAGCCAGCCUUAAACACCAUCAAAACUUAUUAAAUUCCGUUCUUCAAAAUUCAGAUGGUAGUAUCGGAAAUCAUAUUGACAUUCAGGAUCUCGAAUGGAUUCCAGAAAAUAUUCUUAAUGGCCAGGAUAGAACUCCGAUACAGAUAAAACUUCUCUGUGGAGCUGACUUGCUGGAGAGUUUUGGCAAGCCUGGUCUUUGGGCUGAUCAAGAUAUUGACGCUAUCGUUGGUGAACAUGGUUUAGUUGUAAUUACUAGAGAAGGCUCGAAUCCAAAUAAAUUCAUUUACGACUCAGAUCUCCUUUCAAAAUACAUGCAUAAUAUUCAUAUCGUUACCGAAUGGAUAAACAAUGAAGUAAGUUCUACAAAAAUAAGACGUGCUUUGAAACGUGGUGAAAGUAUUAAAUACCUCACUCAGGAUGCUGUUAUUGAUUAUAUUUACAAUUGGGGAUUAUACGACGUAGUUACUUCAACAACUAAGUUAAUAUUGACUACGACAGAAAGCAAUAAUUAUUUGCACAUUGACGAUAAAUAUAAAGGUGCUUUUUUGACACCUUCACCGAGCGAUGUUACAAUGGAAAGUCCAAGUCCAGUGGAAAUAAUCUCAAUCGAUCUAACAGAAUCUGUGAUAAAGAAAAAUAUUAUUAAUUCACCCGUAAAACGUUCAACUGCUGUUAAUUCAGAUGACAAUGAAUGUAUGCGCGAAAAAUUUAUUAAUAUUAUUACGGAAAAUUCAAAUAAUAAAAAUACGGCUAAACCUUUGUAUCCUGGUCUUGCAAAGCAGAUUAUUGCCACUGAGACUGGAGAGUCGCAAAUAUUUUGGGAGGUAGGUUUAAAUGACACCAGCACAAGCGUUACUAAUUUAAUUUAUGACACUGAGAGUGACAUCCGUAAAAUUGAAACUGAUUGUCCGACAGAACAGUUAGAAAAUGAAAUAAAAAAUGAACAAGAGUAUUUAGAGUCUGAACAAACUGAUGAUCCGUGUAUAAUUAAUGAAACAGUAGAACCUGAUGAUAAUAAUGAUAAUAAUGAUGAUGAAAUAAAUAGCCAAGAUGAAGAACAAUUUAAACUUGUUGAUUCAAUGGAAAAUAAUGAUGAUCAAAGUGUUCUUACAGACAUUAUGGAACUAAGAGAAGUAUUGUCAUCUCCGUCGAUUCCUGAAAUUCAAGAAAAAAAUGAAGCUCAGUAUCUAGAUCUUGAUAUUGAUGAUACAGAUAAAAAAAUAGAUGAAAUUCCUGUUUUUAAAAGCAGUAUUGAGUCUAGUUCUCGUGAAAAUAUUAAUAAUAAAUGCUUGCAAUCUAUGGUGAGUUUAAGAAAACGUUCAAAAUCCUCGAAAAAUUUAUCUGAGCAAGUCGUACCGAUGAUAGACGAUGAGAGCGAGAGUAGUAGCACUAGUGAAAAUACCAGUGAAGAAAUAAAGAAAAAAGAUACUUGUAAUUUUUUAAAACAAGAAACUCGCAAAGCCUUUCAAGGCAGUCUUGAAUCAAUAGUACGUAAGCCUCAAGCUCUGUCUAAAAAAUCAAAGAGCUUUGAGUACAUAAAGGCUGACUUAUUGCCAAAAGAACUGAAUUUAGUAGAAAUAGGUGAUAUUAAUUUACUAGAAAAAUCGGGUACUUCAAAGUCCGAGACAUUUGCCACUAUAAAUAGCGUAAAAACUAUUUUUAAUACACAGACUGAAGAAUAUUGUUCAGUAUGUUUUAGUAAAGAUCAGUCUUCCGGUAAAAAUCUUUAUACAGUUCACUCAACCAAUAGCUCGCCAGUAGAUCCCGACUCUACGGAGUGUGAAAUUUGUAGCUCGUGUAACCUUCAAGGUGUUGAGUCACUUCCAGAAGAGCCUCAAUGUGAGUUGUGCGAAAUUUGCGGGGAUGUUGCGAUGGAAUUAGAUGGCAUAGCUUCAGGCAGACCCGAAUUAGAAGAAAUAAUUGACCCCAGACUUCCAAAUCAAUCUACGUCUCUUAAUAUUACUCAGCAAGUUACUAAAAAAUCUAAAGCUAACAAGCUUGAUAAAAAAAUAUUUGAAAUUGCUGAUGAAGAAACGGAUGAAGCUAAUGAUGAACAAGAUGCCAUUGGCAAAGAAGAAAGACCUCCUUCUACGUCUAUUGAAGAAUACUCUGACGAUUCAACGCUGGAUGACGUCGAAUUUGAAAUUGAAAAUUGUGGACUAGAAAUGGAUGUAAGUCAGCCUCAAGAUGCUGCUCAGUCUAUUGAACCGGUUUCAGAAGAAGAAAAGUCGGAAGAAAUUAAAGCUACUGAUGAUCAAUUUAAUGAGUCAAAAAGAAUUAAUCGAGGAAGUUCGCUUAUUAAUCGCUCUGUGCCAAAACCUAACUCAAAAAAAAGAUACUCAUCAGUUGACAAUCUUCAAGGUUCGAAGACUUUAAAUUUAACAUCACGCGAACCGAGAAUAGUGAAGAAAGACCGGAUUGUCGCUGGAUCCGUUGAUAAUAUUCGCAUUGCUCGUGUGAAUAAAAGUCCUCACAAACUUCGUAUGUCUGCUGAUGACGUUGGCCAAGCUAUUAAAGAGGCUGAAGACUCUCCUCAACAAUUAACGCGUCAGUCUAGUGAGAAGUCACGCGUAGGAACUGAUACUGUUAAAUUUAUUAUUGGCAAACACGGUUUGAAGAUUGUCAGCGAUAGAGAGACGGCUUUGUAG